UGAUCCGUGAUAGCAGAAACUCUGGCGAAGCAUCCCAAGUGCGAGUCGAGAUCUAAUUUCAUGUCUGAAUCCGAUUCAUAAUGACCAGCAAGCCCAGGGCCGGCAUUCACGAUUGACGAAAGCGCAUGCAGCAAACGAUACGAAUGCCGCCCACUCCACAGAACAGCCCACGGAGACCGUUCUGAAGAAGCAGUCACCAAUCACCCGCGAUCAAGGCGCCGCACGAACGCCAGGAAAAAUAGUGAACAGCCGCAAUCAUGAUGAGCAGCACUGGUGGGCAGGAUGCCAAAUUCUUCGCUAGAGGCAAAGUUGCGGAGCUCAAGGCAGAGUUGCAUGCAGGCAGCGGCAAGAAGGACAAAACCUACUCCUCGAAGAAGAUUGCGCUGAAGAAGAUCGUGGCGAACAUGACAAUGAGCAACAAUGAUAUGAUCGCGCUUUUUGCGGAUGUGAUCAUGUGUAUGGAGAUACCAAAUCUGGAGAUCAAGAAAAUGUGCUUCCUAUACCUCGUCAACUACGCCCGAAUGAAGCCGGACAUUGCCCUGAAAGCUUUACCUAUUCUGGUCCAGGAUCUCGGCGACUCAAACCCGCUUAUGCGUGCGCUUGCGCUCCGGACAUUGUCAUAUGUCCACGUACGUCAAUUCGUCGAAGCGACCAUUGAGCCACUAAAAGUACUGCUUCAAGACUCAGAUCCAUACGUGCGCAAGACUGCUGCAUUCACGGUCGCCAAAGUCUACGACCAUGACAAGAACUUGGUAGAGCGAAGCGACUUAAUUGAUCGCCUCAAUAUGAUGCUUCGUGACGAGAACCCGACAGUGGUGUCAUCAGCACUAGCCUCAUUAAUGGAUAUCUGGGAGCGAAGUGAGAGCAUUAAAUUGACCAUCGACUAUGCGAGCGCAAGCAAAAUUGUUCAGAUCUUGCCAGACUGCUCCGAAUGGGGCCAAACAUACAUCCUCGAGGCCUUGACAUCAUAUGUCCCACAAGACACCGAAGAGGCUGCGCUUCUAGCCGACAGAAUAGCACCACGUCUAUCACAUACAAACUCAGCUGUUGUCUUGACUUGCAUCAGAGUCAUCCUAUAUCUAAUGAAUUACAUCGAUUCGGAAAAGGUCGUUGCAUCAUUAUGUGCAAAAUUGAGCCCGCCACUCGUGACACUGCUCAGCAAAGGCCCGGAAAUUCAAUAUCUGGCUCUCCGGAAUGCGCUGCUAAUCUUGCAGCGAAGGCCCGAAGUUUUGCGCAACGACAUCAGAGUCUUCUUCUGCAAAUACAACGAUCCUAUUUACGUUAAGGUGACGAAGCUCGAACUCAUCUUCAUGCUUGCCACUGAGAAAAACAUCAACGAAGUCCUCACCGAGCUUCGUGAAUACGCAACCGAAAUCGAUGUCCACUUCGUGAGAAAAUCAGUGCGCGCCAUUGGCAAACUGGCCAUCAAGAUCGAACCGGCUGCCAAGCUAUGCAUCUCGUCCUUACUUGAGCUCGUCGCAACUAAGGUCUCCUAUAUCGUCCAGGAAGCCACAGUAGUCAUCAAAAACAUAUUCCGAAAAUACCCCAACCAAUACGAAUCGAUAAUCUCGACGCUGUGCGAGAAUCUGGACUCGCUGGACGAGCCAGAAGCAAAGGCGGCGAUGAUCUGGGUUAUUGGACAGUAUGCUGAUCGAAUCGAGGACUCGGAGAUACUCCUCGAAGACUUCUUGGACAGCUGGCCUGAUGAGACCCAUGAAGUACAGCUUGCCUUACUCACCGCCACCGUCAAGCUCUUCAUCCAACGGCCGACAAAGGGUCAAGACCUGGUGCCCAAGGUGCUAAAAUGGGCCACUGAGGAGACAGAUAAUCCAGAUCUUCGUGACCGCGGCUACAUGUAUUGGCGCCUCCUCAGCAGCAACCCCACUGCUGCCAAAAGCAUCGUCAUGGGCGAGAAGCCUGCCGUAUCUGCCGAAACCGAAAAACUCGACCCUCUAACCCUUGAGGAGAUGUGCCUCGUCGUCGGCACCCUCGCUACCGUCUACCUCAAACCCGUCCACACCGUCUUCCGCUCCGCUCGGCCCCGGCGCAUCCAGGAAUCUCCCGCCCUACAGCGCCAUACACUACCCACAUGGCAAGCUGCGCAACAAGCCCGUCUUGUUGCCGAUCACGCCGAUGCCGGACAGACAGAGUCCUCCGACGUCCUCGAUGCAGCCGAUGCUUAUUUCGCUAGCUUGGGUGCUCAGGGAGUUGCGAAUGAUGGUUUCGCGAGCAGUCCUAUGGACGGCGGCGCGGGGCGUGAGGGCGGACAGAGAUAUAUGGUUAAUCAGGGACAGGGUUUGGGAACGGUGCAGCCUACGAUGCAUGUGCAGAAUGGCGAAGGUGAUUUGUUGAGCUUUUAGAGAAAACAAGUUACGGAAUGAAAAUACGGAUUUAUUUUUCUGCAUCAUAGAUCAUCAAAUUGAGCCUUUGGUUUUGCGAUCCUGUUUGCUCGCGCUAGGGAGCAGAUUCAAAGCUCUAGUCCAGCGCGGUCAGAAGCCGCAGCCUGAAUCCCCUUACACUGAAAGCAGAAAACACAAGGCCUACUUUGUCAAGCAUUCGCAUUUUCAUGGGAAACUCGUGCCCGCGUGUCCCAGCAAGGAAGGCACACGAGAGAAACGCAGCCUUGAAACGCAUGAUCUUUCGCCCUUCGGAAACGCCCCACGUUCGAUGGGCUUGCAUCGGGUUGGAGGAGCUCACCGGUCACCUGCGCUAUUCCCGAUG